AUUCGGUCUAGCAACACUCGCCUCACCACGGCAAUCUCCCUUCUGCCCAUUGAUGUUCCUAUCCCGCCAUCUUCCGUCUGCCUCGCUUCCUUGCAGCUUCCCUUCUUUCCAGUGAUCGGGUUAUCUUCUUUACGCCCUCGCGCUCACCGAAUCUUCACCACGCCGGGGAGCGCAACAAAACGCCAAAGCCUCCCACGGGCUACUCAACCGACAUAAUGUCUUAUCCGGAUCUCAUGCCGGCACUUACCCCCCAAAAGCCGUUACCCGGGGCCUACUUCCAGACGCCUGCGCCCAGCGUAUCUGUGGCAGUGCCGAGUUUCUCAAUAAAGCCAGCUGCGGCUCCCGCAGAGCAACAAGCUUCACCGGAUGCGCCUCCCAGACUACCCCCCGUCGCUUUCAAACCGAAGAGCCAGGCUUUGAGCACAGAGGAGCGUGCUGCAGGAACAGUCAAUGAUACUCUUGCUCAAGAAGCCCGCUAUCCCGACUUGGACAGCUAUCUGUCUCAAGGCUUCUCGUCCGAUUACGAUAUUCCCGCGUCACCAUCAUGGGCUCCCUUUCAGAAAGUGAAGAUGUACAAUAUCCCGGAUCAGAUUUUUGACCAGUACAAUCGAGCGCAGGUGUCGACAAGCAUGGGACUGUUCGCGGAGUUGAACCACGCCUGGGUUGCCAUUGACAAUGCACUUUACAUUUGGGAUUACACGCACCCCAACCCUCAGUUGGUGGGCUUCGAAGACCAACCAAACAGUAUCACCACAGUCAAGCUGGCAAAACCGCGAGCGGGUGUCUUCCUGCCUUCAAUCACACACAUCCUCGUGGUAUCGACAACGGCAGAGGUCAUAUUGCUUGGAAUGGGCUGCGAGACUACGGCUGGAGGCACGCGACAAGUCACAUUGUACCAGACAGGCAUGUCAGCAUCGAUUCGGGGCUUGGAUAUCCACGUGAUAGCUUCCUCGGAUUCAACCGGUCGCAUCUUCUUCGGCGGUGGUUCGGACAAUGAUGUGUAUGAGCUCAUCUAUCAGCAGGAGGAGAAAUGGUUUCAAGGCCGGUGCUCGAAAGUCAACCACACCAGCUCCCGUAUUUCCGCGUUUACGCCCAGUCUGAGCUUUUCGCAAAAGACAUCUGAGAGUGUGGGCCAGAUGGAGAUUGACGACACGAGAAAACUACUCUACACGCUGUCUACCUCGUCAACGAUUCGAGUUUUCCACAUGAAGCCAGACGGCAGUCUUGCCUUGGCCAUCACAAAACCGGCCCUCGAUAUUUAUGCCAAUAUUGGACACAUCAUCGCGUCCAACGAGACCCUAAACCCCAAAGUCCCGAUUGUUUCGAUUAGUCCUAUUCCAGCGGCUGAGGCGUCGAGGUACCAUCUCAUGGCUACAACUGCAUCAGGAUAUCGAAUCUACCUGAGUGCCACUGGGUCAUUCACCUGGUCGUCGGCACCGAAUGGCACCAAUGCACCAACAAGCAUGCAGGCUCACCAUGUUAAGACACCGCCGUUCGAUAAUGCGCCCGCUACUCAGUUUCCAGUGAACCUUCAAGGCCAACAACGUUUCCAAUCAUCAGUAGCAUCCAGGGUGCCCAUACACACCCUGCAACCUACCAGAUUUACCGUUCGAUACCCCCCCGGCUAUUUCCUCUGUUUCACGUGUAAGGAUACCACGAACAAGGCCGACACACUCUUCAUCUCCGCCCCCGACUCCGGGCGCGUCGCCCGCUCUCAAGAAAGCGUCAUCCCUGGGAAAGCUGGUGAAACAGCAGUCUGGCUUUCCUUGGGUAGCAAAGUUGAAGACGUGGGCCUCUGCUCUCCGACCACCGCAGCCACGAACACUCCUGGCGGAUUUGGAAAUGAACUGGCCGUCCAGUUUGAUAACCCAGCGGCUGAGAUUGCCAUUUUGACCAAUACUGGCAUUCACGUCGUUCGGAGGCGUCGGCUUGUUGAUGUCUUCGCGGCACUGGUCCGUGGUGGUGGCACCGGCGAUGAGGGCUUGGAAGGCGAGGUCAAGAACUUUAUCCGCACCUAUGGCCGGAGCGAGACGCUUGCCACUGCCCUCGCAGUCGCUUGUGGUCAGGGAGUUGAGAUCUCAAGUGACUCGCGAUUGACUCAGAUUAACGACCCCGAUGUUUUGGAGUUUGCACGCAAAGUUUUCAUUGAGUACGGUGGCCGACCGACGAUGAAUGAAAACGCCGUCGCGGAUAACUCUACCCUCGCUAUUGAUACGGUCGUUCCUUCUCCACGCCAUGCGGGUAUUGCCCUCUACAUCUCCCGGCUAUUGCGGUCAAUCUGGAGGAAGGAGAUCGCCAUGGUUGGUAGCGCUCCAAAUGGCGCUCAGACGGUCGCAUCGUCCAUCCCUGCCGCCAAAUUGCAAGCAGUGCAAAGGGACCUUUCAGCUCUGCAGGAAUUCUUUAAAUCCAACAAGAGCUUCAUUGAAGGAUUGAGCGGCCCGGAAGCCUUGACACGGGUGUCUACGAAGCAGGAGGAAACCGCCUUGCAAGCGGAGCACCGGGCUCUUCACUCUCUUGUUCAACUUGUCUCCCACACAAUUGAGGGUAUCUCAUUCGUCCUGGUUCUUUUCGAUGAGAGGGUGGAUGAGAUCGUUGCGUCCUUGCCAGCAGAAUCCAAGGAGCGCUUCCUCAAGCUUACCUUUGAGGAGCUUUUCAGUACCAGCAAGGGCCAUGACAUCGCCAAGGAGCUGGUGAAGGGAAUUGUUAACCGCAACAUUGCGAAAGGAUCCAAUGUGGAGACGGUGGCUGAUGCUCUCAGGCGCCGCUGCGGCAGCUUCUGCAGCGCUGAAGAUGUGGUGAUCUUCAAGGCUCAGGAGCUUCUGAAGAGAGCUACCGAAGCUGGGUUUAACUCGGAGCUUGGUCGCAAUCUGCUCAACGAGAGCCUUCAUUUGUUCCAGCAGGUGUCGGAUAACUUGCCCAUGGACUACCUGGUCUCCGCAGUUGAAAGCUACAUCCUGAAUCAAUUCUUUGCAGGCGCGAUUCAACUUGCUCUCAAUGUUGCCGCUCGCUCAGAUAAGGCCAACAUGGCUCUUUCAUGGAUUGUGGAUGGCCGGCCAGAGGACGAUACUCGCGAGGAGUACUUCGUCUACCGCAAUCAGUGUUACGAUCUUAUCUUCAAGGUCAUCCUCGCCGUUGACAGCCUAGCAGCUCACGACCCCGGCGUUGUCGACGGACAGUUAACGAUUAUCGCCAAGCGCAAGAACGAGGCAUAUGGCGUCGUUUCCGAUUCGACCGACGAGGUAUUCUUGACGAGUCUGUAUGAUUGGUACUUGGAGCAGGGUUGGAGCGACCGUCUGCUGCAGACCAACUCAGCCUUCGUUGUCACCUACCUCCAGCGCAAGUCGACAGACGAUAUUUCCCACGCUGACCUGCUUUGGCGCUACUUUGCUCAGUCACAGCGAUUUUUCGAAGCAGCCAAGGUGCAAUUGGACCUGGCACAGAGCGCAUUCACCCUCCCUCUCAGCCGCAGAAUCGAGUACCUGGGCCGAGCCAGGGCCAACGCGUCCACGUUUACGCCCGACAUUAGCCGACAAGCCCGACAGCGGCUGGUGCAGGAAACCUCCAACCUUAUCGACAUUGCGAACGUCCAGGACGAUCUCCUGCAACGCCUAAAGGACGACAGACGCAUCCUGCCGGAGCGCAGGGCGGAAGUCCUCCGGGAUGUGGACGGACCCAUCAAGGACAUUAGCACUCUCUUCAACCAAUACGCAGACCCUGCAAGCUACUACGACAUCUGUCUCCAGAUAUUUUUCAUGGCCGACCACCGUAACCCCGCCGACAUCAAAUCCACCUGGCAACACCUCCUCCAAGACCUGCACGAUGAAAUCGUCGAACGGGGCGAGCCCAUCCCUUACGAAGCUGUAAUCGACAAAGUGCGCAGUUUGGGCAGCCGUCUGCGCAUGUCCGAAUCUGUGUUCCCCAUUCCCAUCCUACUCCCCAUGCUCGAGCGGUACGCCCUAGAACACCAGCGUGGCGUCGGCCCCGCAACCUGGGUUAUUGACCUCUUCCUCGACCUAAACGUCGCCCACGAGACUCUGUACGCCGUCCUCGAGUCCAUGUACUACACGGAUGAAGCUCCCUUUCAGGGUUCCAAUAAGAAGUACAUCGCCAAGGACCUCCUCUACCUGAUCGAGCACUGGUUCCACGACACGGUCCGUCUAGGCGGCGUCGUGUUCGGAAGCGACCUUGUCGCUGAACGCAUCUUGGAAACUCUUCUCCUCCUUCAACAGGGCGGUAUUGCCCCCGACCAGAUGCAUGUGGCGCAAGAACUGAGAACGAGGAUUGAGGAUUCACUGCGGUAAUUCUCUUUUUCUUCUCUUCCACUUUUUUUUUGCUUUUUACUUUUUGUUCCCUUCUUGUCUACUUAUAGCAAUGCAACAACCACCACCUCCUCUAGUUUAGUUUUAGGGUCCCGGAGUUUUGUUCUAUUUCUUGCAUGGAUGAAUGCAGACUCUGCGAAAAUAAUGCCAUAUAUUCCAUCUUAUUUCCCCCUCUAUCUACUUUCCUGAGGAUGCGUUGGUGUAAGAUGAUCCCAUUCUUCUUCUAAGCGUUGAUAAUCCAAUCAAUCUCUUUUUCAUAUAUUUAUUUUCCUUUCUGAUUGAAUAUUCUCUUUCCUUACUGGUAGACAGAUGGUGAGGAUGAACUGGAGUUUGAUUCAUUGAAUCUGUACCUGUAUUCAUAUCCCUUUACUCAAACC